AUGCCGAGACGUGGUGCAGGACGGUCAUGCAAGAGAGCGUUGGAAUCUCUGACGACAGAGUCACCAGAGAGGUCUGCUGGGAUCGAGCCUGUCGGUCAGGGACAGACUCCUCAUGGUACUGCGGGCGUGUCGUGCUCUCGGAUUCUGACGAUUCCUUCUCCAGAGUUAUCCACACCUACAGUAUUCACUGUACCACCAGCGGUACCACCAUCGACAUACCCAGCCCCUCCACCUGCAGUGCCUGCUGCUGCGUACCCGGCACCACCGCCACCUGUGCCUACUACUUGCUACUCGGCACCACCACCACCUCUACCUUCUACUGCGUACCCGGCACCACCGUCACCUGUGUCUGCUACUGCAUACCCGACACCCGCACCAGCAGUCUUCUUAUCUGGUACCACCACCUACCGUACCUCCAGUCAUUCUGCCUAUAUUGACCCUAUAGUGCCACCAGCGGUACCUGCCCCAGCUUAUGCAGUGACACCAGGGGUACCUUCCUCGGCCUAUCCAGCGGUACCACUUGUAGUACCAGCUCCAGUGGUUCCGUCAGUUCCCGCAGCGAUCCCUACUCACCUUACUGAUAUGAUUGCGGCACGAGCUCGGAUCCCAACUUUGGUAGAGUCGGUGAAAAGCUGA